UUUUAAUUCCUAUUUAAUGUCUAAUAAUCACUAAAUUAUAUAGAAGGACUCAGAUUAGUGGAAUCCACUAAUUUUACAUAAAUAUUUCAGUUUCUGUGUUUUUUUUUUUAAUUUUUUAUUUAUUUAUAACAAUCCCUUCUUAAAUGCCUAAUUAUUUAUUUCGAAUAACAUUCUUUGAGAAAUGUUGCAAAAGGCCAGGGUUUUGUCGAUCUCUCUGAAGAGCGUUUCUUGGUUUUUGAAUCAAUCCGGCAUUUUUCAGUAGCUCCUCCAGAAUGGAAAUCCGCUGUUGAAACUGUAGUUUUCCCCAAGGCUUUUCCUCAUCAAGCUCCGGACUUGAAAUCCGUUUCCGGAAACUAUUGUUUGUAACGUUGCUUGAAAUCAAUGCCAGUCAAACAUGCCAAGCAUUAGAGCUCCAGCUGGAAUGCGAACGACUACGCUCACGGUCGCCGUCAAAUGUAGGCCUUUGACGGAGAGAGAACGCGGUCGCGAUAUUGUUCGUGUCAAUGACGAUAAAGAGGUGCUUGUGUUAGAUCCUGAUUUGUCGAAAGACUACCUCGAUCGCAUUCAGAACCGAACAAAGGAGAAGAAGUAUUGUUUUGAUCAUGCUUUUAGUCCUGAAUGUUCAAAUUUGGAUGUCUACAAGAAGAGUGUAUCAUCUGUAAUCUCUGGGGUUGUCCAAGGUCUAAAUGCAACGGUGUUUGCUUAUGGUUCUACAGGAAGUGGAAAAACGUAUACAAUGGUUGGGACCCAAGAUGACCCUGGACUGAUGGUUCUCAGUUUGCAUACAAUUUUUAAUCUGAUCAAAAAGGAUGAAAUCUCUGACGAAUUUGAAGUUUCUUGUUCAUAUCUUGAAGUGUACAAUGAAGUAAUCUAUGAUUUGCUUGAGAAAUCGUCAGGUCAUUUGGAACUUAGAGAGGAUCCUGAGAAAGGAAUAAUUGUUCCUGGGUUAAAAUGUAUCAAGGUUUAUUCAGCUGAUAGGAUUCUUGAACUAUUAAACUUGGGUAAUAGUCGACGGAAAACUGAAAGUACAGAGGCAAAUGCAACAUCCUCACGAUCUCAUGCAGUUUUGGAGAUAACUGUGAAAAGAAAACAGAGAAACAAGUAUCAAAAUCAAGUCCUGCGAGGAAAACUUGCACUUGUGGAUCUUGCUGGCAGUGAACGAGCGUCUGAAACGAAUAAUGGAGGUCAAAAACUAAGGGAUGGUGCUAAUAUUAAUCGUUCACUUCUUGCAUUGGCAAACUGCAUAAAUGCUCUGGGGAAACAACAAAAGAAGGGUCUGGCUUAUGUACCUUACCGCAAUAGCAAACUGACACGACUACUUAAAGAUGGUCUGAGUGGUAACUCUCAGACAGUCAUGGUUGCUACAAUAUCUCCUGCUGACAAUCAGUACCAUCAUACUGUAAAUACUUUAAAGUAUGCUGACAGGGCAAAGGAAAUAAAGACCCAUAUUCAGAAAAACGUUGGCACAAUAGAUACCCAUGUAUCAGAUUACCAAAGGAUGAUUGACAGUCUUCAGAUUGAGGUUUGCCGAUUGAAAAAUGAAUUAGCUCAAAAGGAAUCGCAGCCGAGUGUCAAGCCUGCAGAAAAAGCUGCAGAUGAUGAGAUGUCGUGGUUGGAUAUUCUGAGUCGUGAAACCAGUGAAAAUGUUCAGGAAAGGAUAAAUUUACAGAAGGCAUUAUUUGAACUUGAGCAAACUAACAUUAAAAAUCAUAUUGAACUCCAACAUCUUGAUGAUGCAAUUGUGAAGCAGCAGGAGAUUGAAAAGGAGGGCGCUGUUGUAGACGCUUUGAGAGCAAGGCGACAAGUCAUCCUUGACAACAUCCGAGACAAUGAUGAGGCUGGUAUCAAUUACCAAAAGGAAAUUGAAGCAAAUGAGAAGCAUCGAUGUCAACUGCAAGACAUGAUUGAAGAAUCCAUUAAUAACAAUGGCAAUAAAACCUACUUGCGAAUUCUCAGUCAAUACAGGCUCCUGGGAAUGGCUAAUACUGAGCUUCAGUUUGAGAUGGCAAUGCGAGAUCAGAUUAUUCACAACCAACGAGAAGCACAAAGAAACCUAUGGAACUUGCUUAUGGGCAUGGGAGUUGAUGAGGAACGUUUAUCGGUCCUUGCAGCCAAACAGGGGCUAUCAAUUGAAGAUCGUACAAUGACACCUGGUAUGGGGCUUCCCAAAUGGAAGCAGUCACAAAAUUUUGCUUAUGGUAGUUGUGCUCCUAUGGGAUAUGGUUGUCCAGUUGGGCAGUCAUAUUCUAGAUCUUGCAUCUUCCAGCAUCAUCAAUUCCAUCCAGCUCAUACUUCUUGCAAUGAAGAGCAACGUAGUUCCUAUUAUUUGCUAUCUCGCAAUAACUUCCCAUUACCGUAUCUGAGUCUGAGGAGGAGCAGUGAGCAGUGGGUUGGUGGAAGUCCAGGUUCCUGGUUUAGCACUGCUGAUAAGCAUCCUCAAGAUUUGCGCAAUUCAUGCCCAGAUAUGAGAACUCAAGCUUUACGGAAUUGCGAAAGUCACAUGUCAGCUUUGACACACAGUGCUGAUUUCAGCCAGCAUCAUAAUGAUGCAUGGAACAGCAGUGUGAGGCAUCGUCUGUACGAGAGCCCUCAUGUUGGGAUGUGUUGUAGCCAAGACUUAUACUAUGGAUCAUCGAUUGGUCGUGGAGAAGGGACGAAAGGGUUUUUUGAAUACAGUCCAAUGGAUCAUGGCACUGGCAUGCCCAGCUCAAACCAUACAUUUCGAAUGACUGAAGACUCAAAUCACCCUAAUGUACCACACAUACCUUCAUUUGCUGCCACAGGACCAGUAUCUUUUUCUCCUUGUAGGCCUGAUGUCAAAGCUCACCAAUCCAAUUUUGUAUAGUUCUCAUUUGUUCAUUCUUCAUCCUCUUUCCUUUGCCAUGUUUCCUAAUUCUUUACCUGCAAAUGUACAUGUGUAGCAUCAGAGAACUCUUACGCAGCUGGAUUCGCUAGGCCAACCAUUGUGUUCAUGAUUCAUAGGACAUACGGUCUCGAGGGUUUAGCACAUAACUAGUCGGAUACCCUCCCGACUCUUGUAACUUCCAGGAUGUAGGACGAAUAUUGUGCUUGGGUAUGUCUUCUGAACAAAUAUGCUAUUAGAAUGGUUAAAUUUUAAGAAUUUGACAGGCAUUAUUUCGA